UCCGCAGCAAGGCGAGUGCGGUGCGGCCAGAGCCAUUCUGCUCAGCCUUCGGUGAGAAAGAUGACGAUUACCCUGCGCCCAGACUACAGUACAUAGAUUCACAGAUAAUUUUAACGUUGUGGCGUUUUCUCCCGUCCUCUUUCGCCUAAUUACGACCUGUUGAAGCCGUGCGGUUCUGGAAGCACCGAGAUAAACGAGUCGGAGUUUCACAAUGACCAACGAGGAGCCCCUACCCAAGAAGGUUCGCCUCAGUGAAUCUGACAUGAAGACGCUGACCAGAGAAGAGCUGUGCACAAGGUGGAAACAGCAUGAUGCUUAUGUCCAGGUCCUAGAGUCAAAAUAUGCAGAGCUAUGUUCCAAUGAUGUAACGGGGUUGAAGGAGUCGGAAGAGAAGCUCAAACAGCAGCAGCAGGAAUCUGCACGCAGGGAGAACAUCUUGGUCAUGCGGCUUGCCACCAAGGAGCAGGAAAUGCAAGAGUGCACAACCCAGAUCCAGUAUCUCAAGCAAGUCCAGCAGCCCAGUGCAGCCCAAUUGCGGUCAUCUAUGGUGGACCCAGCCAUCAACUUGUUUUUCCUCAAAAUGAAGGCUGAACUGGAACAGACUAAAGACAAACUGGAGCAGGCCCAAAAUGAACUGAGUGCCUGGAAAUUUACACCUGAUAGCCAAACGGGGAAGAAACUGAUGGCCAAGUGUCGAAUGCUGAUUCAGGAAAACCAGGAGUUGGGUAGGCAGCUGUCCCAGGGACGCAUUGCCCAGUUGGAGGCAGAGUUGGCCUUGCAGAAGAAGUACAGCGAGGAGCUGAAGAGCAGCCAAGACCAACUGAAUGACUUCAUCAUCCAGCUUGAUGAGGAGGUUGAGGGGAUGCAGAGCACCAUCCUUGUCCUUCAGCAGCAGUUAAAGGAAAGCCGCCAGCAGCUCUCCCAAACUCAGGGGGCUUUGGCUGGGGCUGGACCCAGCAGGACUUCACCGACUACCUCUGCUGAACCAUCCACUCUGCCCGAACAGGCCAGUGCACCUUCUGAACCGAUGGGCAAAGACUACGGGAGGGUCUCCAAUGGACCAAGCAAUGGCAACUCUUCCCAGAGGAGUGAGACCACUACACCCAGCCUGUACCGAGAGGUCAGCAGCACGGAGGAAGACUUUCCCAUGUCCCCCAUGGUUUCAAGCCCUGGUGAAGGUGAGACCAAACUGUCCAACCACUCGGAGGAGGCUUCAGGAAGUCAGACUGGUGCUGUGAGAGCUGGAGGACCUGUGGGUUUUGGGAGCCAGCUGAGCGCAGGGUACGAGAGUGUGGACUCUCCAACAGGCAGUGAGACCUCAUUGACUCAGCACUCGAAUGACACAGACUCCACCACCGACCCCCAUGAGGACAAGGCUGCCCUGGUGACCAAGGGCACCAGGACUGCAGGGUCACGGCAUGCUCAAAAUGGCCUGGACUCCAACACAGGCGAUAGUGCGGUUUUGUAAUGUACUCUGACAUGUACUGUCUUUUCUUUUUUAUACAAUAUACAAACAAGGCAACAAAUGCAUAGUCUGUAACACAGCACUGUUGUCCAACACAUUUUGUUCUCACUCUCUUCCCUUGCCUAUUGUGAUGCCUCUGUCACAUUUGUGUUGCUAAAUGGGGAUAUUCUAAGAAUGGGUUAAUGUUAGAUUUGACAUGAGUGGAUGUAUGAUUUAAAACUAGGAUGUUUCAUUCUGCCGUUUAUCUAAGCACGUCUAUGCUGUUCUUGUUUGAGCUCGACACUGAAUUCAGGCAUCAUCUGGUGUUGUAACUCAUCAGUCAGUAAAAUCACUGAAUUACAGUAGCUUCGCAAUAUUCAAGGUCAUUUUUAGAUGUUGGCCAUUUUUUUUCAAUGCAAUUUUAAUUUUUUCCAUCGACAAACAAGAAACUGUUCGGAAGAUUCUGUUGAAUUGUGAGUAGUUUAUAUGCGAUGUUCAUAUUCUGACUUCAGUCCUUUUCAUGUACUGACCAAAUACCAAUAAAGAUUUUUAAUACUA